ACUGCACGUUCUAAGUUACAUUCCCCCUCUUGUUUAUAAUACAUGGCGUCGCCGUCGGCAGGAGACACUACUAAGCAGCUCUGGGAUGAAGCCCUCACCAGAGUGCUCGACCUCUCUACAGCGACGCUCAAGAGGAACUCGGAGUUGGAAGCCCGGGUGACCGAGCUCGAGCUCGAACUUUCAGUUUGGAAGCAAGCCCAUUCAGGCAUAGUUGAGAUGGCUGAACGAGACAAAAAAGCGCAUAACGCGCAGGUUGCCACGCUCAACAGGCAGAUUUCUUCGAUUGGAUUCCUCAAGGACCAGCAUCCCCUCAUCCUGUGCGUUAUAGAUGGAGAUGCGAACAUUUUUCACCCCUCGCUACUGGUUCAGGGGCAACAGGGAGGCCGACAAGCGGCGCAAGAGCUUACAAAGGCAAUUGCAGAGUACCUUUCACAGGAAGAGGCCCAGGUCUUCGGAAGGCUCUCGUUCUGGGUCACCGUCUACUACAACAGGCGGGGCCUCUUGAGUGCCCUACAGAACGAAAGCAUUUGCAAUGGAGAACAAUUCGAGGGCUUCUUGUCAGGUCUGAGUCAGGCUUCUCCUCGCUUCCACUUGGUGGACGUCGGCCCGGGGAGGGACGGGACGGAUGUGAAGAUCAAAGAAUACCUACAGACGUAUACCCGCCUGCCCCAAACUUUGCGUGUGUUCUUUGCUGACGGCCAUGACGGGACUUAUACCUCAACGCUGAUGGCGCUCGAGAAGGAGGAGCUACUUGGCAAAGUCAUUCUUCUGCAUGGAGGCAACGUACCCCCCGAAACUCUGCAACAGCUCCCGGUUCAUAUAAUGCCAGUCGACGGACUUUUUAUGCUGCAUGCGCCUUCUUACGUCCAGCGGCGGCCUGGACCUAUACCCCUAACUGGAUUGAAACACAACGUUACCACCCAUGGAGGCCUAAUCAGUCCAGAGUCCGAGACGUACUCGACCAUAGCUACUGCUCGUAAGGCUAAUGGUACGAAGCCGAUCGACUCCACGAAGGCGAACUGCAAAUACUCGCACGAGUGGUACCUAUCGCCAGAGCAGCUAGACAUCUUGUCCAAAAAUGCCAAGAAAGCACCUUGCAACUAUCUGAAGAAUGGCAUGUUUUUCGUCGAUGUUUUCAAACUGAAUCCGACUCACCCGGCUCCACUAAUCGCGUUCCUGAUCGUCCCUUCACAGGGCCACAUUUGUCCAAGCGGCGUGCGCUGCUUCCACCUCAGCAAGGGGAAAUGCUGGUUCAAAGGCGAUGGGAUGCACCCCAUUCUAGUCGGAGGGGAAGACUAA